CAACGGAGAAGCACUGCUGAAACUCAAAUUCAGAACCAUCUAUGCUUUUGGUGUAGCACAAAGGAUGUGAUAUGUUCUACUAUUGUUUUCUUCUUGCUAAUGCUUUCUAGCUCCCUUGUGAUAACACAUGCUGUCGAAGUGAAUAAAAAUAAACCUCUUUUCCCGAUCUCGAGGAACCAACCGAACCAGUGGUCGUCACUACCGCCGAGCAUGUCUCAUCUCCACCUGAGUCAUCUCAUCCAUCAUCACCUUCUGAUCAUCCUCAGACGAUAUCCGAGGAGUACACGGGGAGUGCCACCAAAACGGUACUCACCUGAGAAAAUUGGAAAGAAGAGCAGACACGGGGUGACAAACUUUGUGCAAGGCAAUCUGACCAAGAUGGCCCGAGCCUUUGAGGCGGCACUAUAUGAAGAAGAGGAAAUCCCACAAACAGCGGAGGAAGCCAUGAGGCAUGAGCAUUGACGAGAGGCGAUGUUUACUGAAAUGAAGGCCUUGUUGAAGAAUAAUACAUGGGUGAAAGGCAAGCUACCAGAUGAUGCAAAGACUGUGGGAUGUAGAUAGGUGUUUACGAUCAAACGGAAACCAGAUGGCACAAUAGAUCGCUACAAAGCCAGACUUGUGGCGAAAGGGUACACCCAGACAUACGGCGUAGACUAUGCCGAAACUUUCUCACCAGUGGCAAAGAAAAAAACAAAGUACUACUAAGAAAGAAAAUAAAAUAGAAAUAAUGAUAUUUUUAUUUUAAAAAAAUAUGUCAAUUAGAGUGUGACAUCCAAAAAAAGAGAAGGAAAUAUGUUAUUUAGAAUAAGACGAAGAUGAUAUGAGUAAUAAAAAAUUAGAAUGU